AUGAGGGCUCAAAACCUUGAUGACCACAAGAUUGCAAGUCUUCUUGCUGCAGCGAAGUGGGGGCUGCCUGGGUCGACCGUGGCGGAGAAAGUGGAGGAAUUACUACUCAGCAGCUGGACGACCGAGAAAAAAAGUGCUGACGACGUCUUCAAGCUCCUGCAGCUGAAAAACGAGGGUGAAACUCUCUUCAAAGAUCCUAGUUUCAGCAGAUGGGUGUCUUACGUGAGGAGCAUUGAUGAAAAGAACGCAGAUACGCACAUGUAUACGAUACUGAGAACGGCCUACGGCGACGACGAGCUGGCGCCUAUGCUUGUUGGUGCAAAGAAGUCCGGCAUGGGUGACGAGAUUUCAAGUGUCAUCGCUGGCAAGAUCGAAGCUAUUCAGCUCGAAAAGUGGCUGAGUGACGGGAAAACCGCGGUUGAUGUCUUCAAGCUACUCAAAAUUGAGAAUGCAGUGGAGAACGCGGUAUGGAAUCCUCGAACGAGGAUGUGGGUGGACUACGUGACCGAGUUGGACUCGAAGAAUGCGGACGACGUCAUAUUCACGGUACUCAAGUCGUACUACAGCGACGAAAAGAUCGGGGAAAUGAUCCAAUUCGGAUGGUACAGCAACGCUGAUAUAGCCGAGAGGCUCGCCAACACCGCGAUAGCGAAGUGGCGGCAAGAUGGCAAAACGGCGGACAACGUCUUCGACUUUUUACUGAAGGAUCAUCACCGAUAUAUUUUUGAGACGCGCGACAUACACACGUGGGUCUCCUACGUGACCAAGAUGGACAAGGAGAGCCCUUACAAGACGAUGUUUGAGGUGUUACAGAAGCGUUUUGACGAGAAGCAGCUAGGCGACAUGCUUUAUAAGGCGGAAAAGGUCGGUGGUACCAGAGAUAUUGCUGUAAAGCUGGAGCUGGAGCUGUGGCUCAGCCAAAAGAAAUCCGCUACGGGUGUCUUUACUCACCUCAACCUGGCGAGCGCAGAAAACGAGUUGUUCACGAGAUCGUCUCUUCCGGUUUGGAUCUCGUAUGUCACGAAAUUGGCGAAAAUGGAUGAAGAGAUGGCGUAUGAGGAGAUGCUCUCGGUGCUGACGACAAUUUUCUCCAACAAAAGGCUCGAGCGAAUGCAGACAGUCCCGACAGUUAUCGAUGGGUCGGAGAAGCUUGCAGCAAAACUGAACGCGCUGCUGUUUAAUUUGGCGAAGUCGUAA